AUGGCCGAUAACGGAGUUCAUCAACUCACUCAGGCCGAACUUAUAGCCCAGAUGGCCGAGCUACAAGCAGAAGUCAAAAAACUCGCCAAACUAUCAACCCAGAACAGCGCCAGUAAACGAGAAUACGGUAAUUCCAAAGGCCCAACCCAAGGCAACACAGACCUAUUGAGCGUCAACCCACUAAAGGAGAGGCUGAUCUUAGCCAACCCGUUCUCCAAAGAAAUCACGAAUUACCAGAUGCCAAAAUAUUUUACACUGCCUUCCUCGCUCAAGCCAUAUAAGGGGAUUGGUGACCCCCGGGCUCACAUUAAGAAAUUUCAGUCUAUGAUGUUUUUUAACGGCCCUAAUAAUGAACUUAUACUUUGUAGAGCUUUUCCUACUUACCUUGAUGGAGCUGCUUUACUUUGGUUUUCAAAAUUACCUGCAGGGUCAAUCUCUUUUUUUGAAGAGCUAGCAAGGUCCUUCAUCGACUACUUUGCAGUAGCACGAAUUUACGUACACGGAUCAGAUUACCUCAGCACCAUCCGCCAAGGUCCACAAAAAAGUUUGAAAGACUACAUGACUAGAUUUAUAGAAGCAACCAUGGAGAUACCAGAUCUGAACCCUGCUGUCCACCUACAUGCCCUUAAAGCCGGUCUCCGACCCAAAAAGUUCAGAGAGACAAUCGCGGUCACUAAGCCGAAGACGUUAGAAGAGUUCCGGGAAAGAGCAGCCAGACAGAUGGAGAUUAAAGGGCUCCGUGAAGCCGAUAGAACAGAAAGAAAACCUAGAAGGGAGGAAGACAGAAUGCCAAGGUCGGCGAACAACAAAGAACCUAGAAAGCCAUUCAAGCUCACCCCAAAAUUCGACAACUACACCAGAUUCAACAAAAGAGGGAAAAGAUAA